AUAUUACAGUCGGACACUGUGAUCGAGACAUUAAGACGCAUGCGCGGACCGUAUCCUCUGCAAAACAUCACAGUCUAUUUACUAAGAGAUGCACUAGUGUCGUAAUUAUAUCGACAAAACUCACGUAGACAGCUCAUUCAUAAUUGAGCACGUUUCACCUGUCAGUUAAGACGUAAUUUAACAGCGUACUUGUUAGCCAAAUCCAGCAAUGUUUACGUCUCAGACCUCUUCCUUCCAAGAUUCAAUUGAUGUAGAGGAGCGAGAUGACUUUGACAGCGAUGACAUUGCAGGCUAUAACCAGAAGACACAGCUGAACUGUUACUAUGCCAUCUAUCUAUAUCAAGGCACCAGAUCUGAGACAUCUGAGGAAAGUGUUGCAUGGAACAAGAGAAGAGCAGACUCCACCACCAGUCAGGACGACUUUAGCUUGAGCCUGGUGGACAGCAGCCUGCCGCCGGAGGCGGAGCCUGAGCUCCGCUGCUACAUCUCCAGGAGGCUGAGCAAGGGGGCCCUGCUGGAGGGCAUGGGCAACAUAGCCACUGUGGAUAUCAGCGUCCCAGAGCAGAAUGUGGGCUGCUAUUGCUGUCUCCUGGAGCAGGAGCACUCCCCAGAUCAGCCUGACGCCGAAGGCAAUGGCUAUGUCAUCUGCUUCAUGGGGGGUUCAGAGAAGGGGCUCAAUCUAUUUAGACAAGAGCUGGAUAAGUAUGUCCAAGGCCUACAAAGCUGCCUACAAACCCCUGAGCUAACUAACCUGGAGACAGAGAUCCGUCCGUAUCUCAGUAAGUGGUACGAAGAGUCGGUGCUGCACAUCCAUCGUGUGGUCCAGCUGGUCCAGAGCAGUAUCAGCUUCCUGCUUCACGCUGCUUUGAGUCACACCCAUGUUGAGGUCAAAUCAGAUGAAAGGACGAAGAAGGACAUCGCCAGGUUCAUUAAGGCGGCCAGCUUGCAGGGGCUCUCCCAGCAAGAGGCCACAACGUCCCUGUGUAAGGCCAUGUCUGAGGAGCCCCCAGCCGACCUGGUCAUCGACUGCUCCACCACCCCCCCCACACUAUCAAACACGGUUAGCAACCGCUUCUGUGAUGACUGGAUCCAGGCAUUCCUUAACGCUGCGGAGAGUUGUAAUCCCUUCCUUCUCAGACAGAUACUUGAGAACUUCAAACUCAAGGCCAUUCAAGACAUGAACAGCCUGAAGCGCUUCAUCCGGCAAGCGGAGAUGAGCCAUUAUGCCCUUUUCCGUUGCUGCCAGUUCCUCCAGGGCUGCGGCAACGGUGACGUGCUGCUGCAGAACGCCAAGGCGGAACACAGCGACCUGCCUGAGGCCUGCAGGAUCAUCGCUGUCCUGGAGGAGUUCCUCAUGGAACCGUCCCAGGCCCACACCUAGUUUCCUCCCAGUGCUGGUGGAGACAGCUGCUGGUGACAGCUGCAGACAAAAUGGGCAGUGUACGAUGAUACAUUUUGAAUAUGAAGAUAGAGUCCACUCUGUUGGCAAAGCCAUCAUCUUUUACAUUUUACACUAAUAAGCUAACAUGUAUGUUAAUUUUGUGUAAGGAUUUGAGGAUUAUAUGGAUGAAAAACAAUAUUGUUCUGGUGAAAUGAGCACUCUUGUCAUUAUAUACUUCAUAUUAUGACCAAAAUUGUAUAUAUGUUAUGUAUGUAUGUAUGGUAAAUAUUAGAGUUCCUUCCUGGAUCUUGCACAAUCCCAAUUCCCCUCCCUCCUCAAUGCUAAUGUUUUGAUGUUGACCGAAUUUUGUUAAUUUUUUUCAGUUUUUAUUCAUUACUUACACUACAAACCAAAAAGCUGAUAUUCUUUAACUAUUAGGUUGCUAAACUGACCAAGCUUUAAGUUAUAAUUAAAUUGUAAAAUGUCAUGCAUUUUAGUUUUUUUUGUUGUUUAAUUGGGAAUGCACAAUUACAUUUUUGCUAAUUUCAAAUAUCACUACAGAUAUGUGGACUAUAUGUGUAAACUUUUUUUCCGAAUUCUAAUGGCAAUAUUGUGUAAGUGAAGUGUCUAGAAAGUAUUCUAAGUUUCACCAUUCCAGUAGCUCUCUGUUGUGACAUGAGAAACAUUUUGCAUAGCGUCUGUGCUAGGAUAUAUUUAAUAACAUGGGUGAGGAUCUGUUAACUGUGUUAUAAUUGUAAAUAUGUUUAAACCAAGAUGAUAAGAUGACCAUUGCCACGAUCCCCCAAUAGCCAUCUUGGUUCUUAUGAUUGGGAACUGCAUUCAGGUCCCCGAACACAGCUGCUGUUUGGAACCAAGUUGGCCACUAGCAGGAUUAAGGCCCAUGAUGUCUAGGGUCAUCUGUUUCAAGUAUCCAACGCUGAAGAGCGUUGGAUACUACAAGAUUUCCUGCCAAGCCUUGUUCAAGACUUGGUGGCAGCAAUUUUGCCCUUUUAACCAGUCGUAAUGGUGUGUAGUCUAUUUCAGAUCUGUGACAUGUGAGCUAAGUAUAAUAUGUGUGUUAGUAUGUGCUUGUGUGAAUCAUAUUUCACAUAUGGACACACAAAGUAUGUGAUAUUCCCCUUCUCUAUAUGAUGUGCAAGUGGUAAUUGUUGGUCUUAUGCAUUGUGGUUGAAUAAAUAAAGAACUUAUUACAGCCA